AGAAUUUAGAAAAUAGUAAAGUACAGUACAAAUGAUGAAUGUUCCUAUCAGACUAAUAGAUAUCAUUAUUUACAACAUUCUCUUAGUAAAUCUUAAAACUAGACACAAGAUACAAAUAUUUGUAUAUAACGAUACUAGAAACAAUAAACAAAGUCAGCGGGUCAAAGCUUUCCAGGCUUCUUAUUAUUACCACUUCCUUCAACACUCUAAUCUCUCACAGAACAAGAAACGAUGCAUCUCCUCUUUCUCUUCCUGAUUCUUCUCCCCACCGUUGUUCUCUCCCUAAACCAAGAAGGCUUCAUCCUCCAACAAGUCAAACACUCUCUCGACGACCCACUCUCCUCCCUCGCCUCCUGGAACCCCCAAGACGACUCCCCUUGCCGCUGGUCCGGCGUCUAUUGCGGCGGAGACUUCACUUCCGUCACUUCCAUCGACCUCUCCGGCGCAAACCUCUCCGGACCUUUCCCUUCCAUCAUCUGCCACCUCUCAAAACUUUCAGACCUCUCCCUUUACGACAACAACAUCAACUCCACUCUCCCUCUCGACAUCGGAGCUUGCAAGAGUCUCCAAACCCUAGACCUCUCCCAGAACCUCCUCACCGGCGACCUCCCCCACACCCUCGCCGACCUUCCCUUCCUGACCUCCCUCGACUUAACCGGAAACAACUUCUCCGGCGACAUUCCGGCGAGUUUCGGCCGGUUUCAAAACCUGGAGGUCCUCUCUUUAGUCUACAAUCUCCUCGACGGAACCCUCCCUCCCUUCCUCGGCAACAUCACAACCCUCAAGACUCUCAACUUAUCCUACAACCCGUUUACUCCGGGUCGGAUCCCCCCGGAGCUAGGUAACCUGACGAGCCUCGAGGUCCUGUGGCUCACGGAGUGUAAUUUGCUCGGGGAGAUACCUGACUCGCUGGGUCGACUCACCGAACUCGUUGACUUGGACCUCGCGCUCAACGACCUCGUGGGUCCCAUCCCUCGGUCUCUAGGCGGGUUGAGGAGCGUUGUGCAGAUCGAGCUGUAUAACAACUCGUUGACGGGGGAGAUCCCCAGGGAGCUCGGGGAGUUGAAGAAGCUGAGACUCUUUGACGCGUCGAUGAAUCGGUUAACCGGGUUUAUACCGGAGGAGCUUUGUAGUGUUGCGUUGGAGAGUUUGAAUCUUUACGAGAAUAACCUCGAAGGUGAGGUUCCGGGGAGUAUAGCUUUGUCUCCCAACUUGUAUGAGCUCAGGAUCUUCGGGAACAGACUCACUGGAGAGUUACCGAAGGAACUUGGACGUAACUCUCCGUUGAAGUGGUUAGAUGUUUCUGAAAAUGAAUUAUCCGGCGAGUUACCGCCGGAUUUGUGCGGGAAAGGGGAGUUGGAGGAGCUGCUGGUUAUUCACAACUCUUUCUCAGGCGAUUUACCGGAGAGUCUUGGAGAUUGUCGUAGCUUGACACGUGUCCGGUUAGCGUAUAACCGGUUUUCCGGUCGAGUUCCGGGAGGUUUCUGGGGGUUGCCUCAUGUUUACUUGCUUGAGCUUAGCAACAAUGAGUUCUCUGGUGAGAUUGCGAAGAGUAUUGGAGGCGCGUUGAAUCUCUCGCAGUUGAUACUUACCAACAAUGAAUUCACAGGAUCUUUGCCGGAGGAGAUUGGGUCUUUGGACAACCUUAAUCAGUUGUCGGCGAGUGGAAACAAGUUCAGUGGCUCGUUGCCUGAUAGCUUGAUGAAUCUCGGUGAGUUAGGUACUCUUGAUCUUCACGGUAACCGGUUUAUAGGGGAGUUGUCUCCUAAAAUCAAGUCUUGGAAGAAGCUAAACGAGUUGAACUUAGCCGGUAACGGGUUUUCGGGUCCAAUCCCUGUUGAGAUCGGGAGUUUGUCAGUCUUGAACUAUCUUGAUCUUUCUGGUAACCUUUUCUCCGGCAAUAUCCCGGUUUCAUUGCAGAAUUUGAAGCUAAACCAGCUGAACCUGUCGAAUAACCGGUUAACCGGUGACCUACCACCUUCUUUAGCCAAGGAGAUGUACAAGAACAGCUUCCUUGGGAACCCGGGACUGUGCGGGGACAUAAAGGGUCUCUGUGGCUCUGAGGAUGAAGAUAAGAACAAAGGCUAUGUAUGGCUUCUCAGAUCGAUUUUCGUACUUGCGGUAAUGGUGUUUGUUGCGGGACUUGCUUGGUUCUACUUCAAGUACAAGACUUUCAAGAAAGCAAGAGCUGUGGAGAGAUCAAAGUGGACGCUUAUGUCAUUCCACAAACUCGGAUUCAGUGAGCACGAGAUUCUCGAAAGCUUGGAUGAAGACAAUGUGAUUGGCGCUGGAGCUUCGGGUAAAGUCUACAAGGUUGUACUCACCAAUGGAGAAACCGUUGCGGUUAAACGUUUAUGGACAGGAUCUGUUAAAGAAACAGAGGACACUGAUCCAGAGAAAGGCGAGAGACCACGUGGAGUCAAGGACGAGGCCUUUGAGGCUGAAGUAGAGACAUUGGGUAAGAUUAGGCAUAAGAACAUUGUGAAGCUAUGGUGUUGCUGCACCACAAGAGACUGCAAGCUACUGGUUUAUGAGUACAUGCCUAAUGGUAGCUUGGGAGAUUUGAUUCAUAGCAGCAAAGGAGGAACGUUGGGAUGGCAAACUAGGUUUAAGAUCAUCUUAGAUGCGGCUGAGGGGCUUUCCUAUCUGCACCAUGAUUGUGUACCUCCGAUUGUGCAUAGAGAUGUUAAGUCCAACAACAUUUUGAUCGAUGGAGAAUAUGGUGCAAGAAUUGCUGAUUUUGGAGUGGCUAAAGUGGUGGACUUGACCGGAAAAGCUCCCAAGUCCAUGUCAGUGAUUGCUGGCUCGUGUGGUUAUAUUGCACCAGAAUACGCAUACACGCUCCGUGUGAACGAGAAGAGUGACAUUUACAGUUUCGGGGUAGUGAUUCUUGAGAUAGUGACUAGAAAACGCCCGGUUGCUCCGGAACUGGGGGAGAAAGAUUUGGUGAAAUGGGUCUGCUCGACAUUGGACCAGAAAGGCGUGGACCAUGUGAUAGACCCGAAACUUGACUCUUGUUUCAAAGAAGAGAUAAGCAAAAUCCUCAACGUUGGGCUUCUCUGCACGAGUCCUUUGCCCAUAAACCGACCUUCGAUGAGACGUGUGGUUAAGAUGUUGCAAGAAAUAGGCGGUGGAGACGAUGAGAGCCAUAACAAGACUAAGGAUGGAAAGUUAACACCUUACUACAACGAAGAAGCCUCAGAGCAUGGAAGUGUAGCUUGAGACAGACACAACAAGUCUACUUUGUUUUAUUCCCCAAAAGCUCUCAAUUUUUGGUGCUUGAAGCUGUGGAUGAGGGCAUUUAAUCAAGAUUCUCGUAAGGGUUUUGGCGUAAAAGAGGGUAUCAGUGAAUGUUAAGUUUUAUCAGAUAGCUAUUUUAUAAUGUUCCUAGAUCAGGAAUUGGUGUUUCAGCUUCCACUGUAAAGCUAUUAGUAGUAAGUCUGUUUUGUAAGAGUUUCUUUUUUUUAUUGCGUAAAUGCAAAGAAAAUGCCAGCUUCUGGGUUUUUUUUCUUUUUCUGAUCAAGCCAGCUUUGG